AUGACAGAAACAACGUCCAGCAUCGACUUCUAUGAGGUCCUUUCGCUGCCUUUCGCGGCAUCCUCGUCUACGGCGCCCUCAAAGCAGCAAAUCAAGCUUGCAUACCACAAGGCAUUGCUGAAGCACCACCCAGAUAAAGCAGGCGCGAUCGCAAAGGACACGGCGCUAAGGUCAACAGCUACACCCAGUGCUCCGGGCAGUGCCGAUUCGCCCGGCCCUUAUACCAUCGACCAGAUCACAACUGCCUACAAGACAAUCUCGGAUCCCGUCCUGCGUGCUGAAUACGAUCGCUCGCUGCGGCUCGAUCGACAAAAGGUCGCGGAACGGGAGAAAACGGCGCAUGUCUUUCAUACUGGGCUGGAGGUUGUGGAUUUGGAAGACCUUGCGUGUGAUGAGGGCGCUGAUGGCGAUGUUUGGUAUCGCGGUUGUCGGUGUGGUGAUGAGCGAGGGUUCUCGGUCACCGAGGAAGAUCUGGAAAGGGAGGCAGAGCAUGGUGAAAUUGUGAUCGGGUGUCGUGGAUGCAGUCUCUGGUUGAAGAUCCUUUUCGCUGUCGGGGAGGACGAUGGUUGA